AUGUGUCAGUCCUCGGAGCGGGGCCGCUGCCGCCUCCUCCGCCACCCGUCCGCUGUUAGGCUAAUUGCACCCACUCGUCAUCUUCCUCUUCCUCCGGCUCCUCCUAUCCAGAGCUCCAGCCGCGGGGAGGAGAAGCUGGAGCCGUCCGCGAUCAGACCACCGCGCCCCGCCCGCCGCCCCUCCCUCGGGCCUCCCGCCUCUCUCCGCACAGACGCGCCGCUUCGCCCCGGCAGCAGGCGGCCGCUCCGGGCCAGCCCUGCCCCCCGCUGCCAGCUCCGCCGCCGCCAAUUAGGGCGUCUCGGCGCUGGGGGCCAUCGAGCCGCGCCAGCUGCGCCCGCCGGGCUCCCGCGGCCACCUGGGCACCGGCCGCGCCCAGCGCUGUGGGCGGGGGCCGCUCGCUGCGCUCCGGCCCGGGCUCGGCGGGAGGGGGAGCCGCGGGCUCGCCGGGGAGCUUCAGCUAGUGCCCCGCCGAAGGCGUCGGCUUUCGCGCGGCUCAACCGCCUCCCCCGCGCCGGGCACUGCGAUUUCUGCCCGGGCCAGCGUGACACCUCCUCGUUGUCUGCGGCCUCCGAACACGACCCCCUUUUCCCCCGUCCCGGGAAGGCCCUGCGGUCGUCCGAACGCCUCACGGCGGCCACCGCCCUGACAGGAGCAGGGGCGGCAAUCCCCUCAGCCCUUGGAGUCCGGGCCGGCAGCGCGACCCCGCCAAAGGGGACACUGCCCCGCGGGCCCCUCUUACUCUGCAGCCCGCGGGACUCCGGCCCUCCGGCGGCGAAAAGGCGUUCCCAGCACUGGCGGCUCCCGCUGCCUCCGCCGUUGGAGCCGGCGAGGAGCCUGACCGUGUCCCCUUCCCCCGCCUCCAGGCUGGCGGUUUCUGUUCCCUCCAAAAAUCCACCCACCUCCUCAGACGACACCGCGAGGGCAGGAACUCGCUCCCGGCCGCCUUCCAGGGCACCCGCCCUGCGGCCGGGGAGCGCAGAGCCUCGCCGGGCCCGCGCCUCCGCCCGCCAGCGCGCCCGGAGGCGGCGGCGUUUCCUUUUCCCCUCGAAGAGCGUUUUCGCACGGGGGUUCACGCAGGAUGGCGAUUUCCAGCGUAGAUGCUGGACAAGUAAUUUCUCUGUGAGAGCGAAUGAAGGAAAACAUUUGUAAGAAAUAGUAAAGGUCUUGUGUGAAGUGAAA